CAAAGUGGUCCAGAAGACAAUAUUGAAGAGCACAAAACAAGGAACAAGCCGGACAAAGAAUCUCAUAGGCGCCCAAACAGACGGCCAAAACGAAGGCCUUCGCGGCCGCCUACGGUAUUUUUGGAAAGUCAAACUUUGACUUUGACCGGAUUCGGAAAAGACCGUAGGCCGCCGACACUGGACGGAAGGCGGCCGCCUACGGUGACCGCCUGCGGCAGAAGACGACGAAGCAACCACCGGCCGGUGGGAUUUGACGGCAGGCGGCCAGACAGGAACGGCAGGCGGCCGCCUGCUGGACCGCCUGCGGCGGCCGGGAUCCGCCGGGAUCCGCCGGGAUCCGAUUUGACAGUGAAAAGACGGCAGGCGGCCGAUGGGUGACGGAAGGCGGCCGCCCUCUGUGGCCGCCUACGGCUGACGGAGACCAGGCCACGUGUCGUUGCCGGCGAACUGACGGCAGGCGGCCAGUUGCUGCCGGAAGGCGGCCGCCUGCCCGGGCGCCUUCGGGGAAAUUUUUCCUAUAAAUUGCCCGAUUUUUCCUCAACUCAAACACACCUCUUCCAACCCUAAAUCAGUUCAAAACACCUUCUUUCUUCCUCCAUUUUCGAGCUCCAAAGGUCUUAGAGAGAGAGAAACUUCAAAUCUUCAUAUCUUCUUCAUUUUAGCUCCAAAUUAUGUCUGGAGGAAGACGUGACGAUCCCAUUUUCGAGGAGCCACCACUAGGACGGGAAGACCCGCCACCUCAGCCUGAUAUCCCAUUUGCUACUAUUGCUGAUCGCAGACGCUUCCAGGCAUGGGGGCAAUACCGCACGCUCCUUCCUCCCAUGAUCCUGGACCCGACGAUGCUAGAGGAAUGGGGGUACUGGGAUGAGAUUGAUUCCCUGCUAGGAGACUCUUUAUGGCGGAGGAUUCUAUUCGUCCAGGAGAGGGCCAGCCUUCCAUUGACGAUGGAGUUUCUGUGCUCCGUUCAGUUCACUCAUUACGGACAGGCUGUGCAAGAGGGUGCUGUUAUUGGGUCAGAGUCUCGGAUGAGGUUUACUAUUCUAGGCAUGGAGCACUCCAUCACUGUGGCUGAGCUCGGAUGGAGGAUGGGGCUCUAUACCCCAGCAUACACACAGACUGAGGAGUUCCGUGCUCUUCCGACCCGCUUACCCGAGGCAUUUGACAUUGAUGAGUUCUGGCACAGACACUCCACAGACACCAGAUCAUUUCUCCGGAUGCACCCCCAUUCGAACAAAUGGAGGGCGACUCACUGGUACAUACUCUCGUUCGUACUUUCUUGUGGUUUUUUUGGACGACCUAACAACACAAACAGGUUGUCCAAAAAGGACAUACUAUUCUUUUGGAGUUUAAUUCACCGCAUCCCGGUGAAUAUGGCUGUCCUUAUGGCUCGUUUCUUCCGGAGCCAGGGGAAGACUGUGCGGCGCACUAUCCAGGCAGGGCCUUUCAUCACUACUCUCGUUAGAUCAUUCUACCCAGAUCUAGACAUUCCAGGGCUACUGCACUUACAGGAUAGCAUCCGCGUUCUUCGAUCCUCAUCCUUUACCAACAUGAGGAUCAAGAAGAAGCGGAAUACUCAGGAGCUCCCAGGUAUUGAGCAGCCGACCCAGCAGGGUAGUUCUUCUCGACAUGAGGGAUCUAGCGAGCCCUUUUCAGACAUGCCUAGCGCCGCAGAUUGGAGAGCGAUGAUGGAUGGGAUGCGGACUCUCCAGACCUCAGUCUCAGAGAUGCGGGUUGCACAGGACAGAGGAUUCCAGGAGAUACGAGAGGCGCAUGAGUCGGCCCUGGGAGAGUUCAGAGACUUUCGAUUAGCUCAGGAGAGAGCCACCCAGGAUAUGCAGGCGGAGCUAGAGACCCAGAGGCUAGAUAUUGAUGAGAUGAGAGACUGGCUUAGGCCACACUAUGGCCCUCGGGAUUACGCAGGCGAUGCUUAGUUUUGCUUCUUCCUUGACAUAUUUUUUUUAUUGUGUUUGUUUGUUUCUUCAGGUUGGACAUUGCGCUGCUCUUUUGACUUGAAUGCUCUUACAAACUGACUAUGGAUGAUGUAAGGAUUUUAAAAAACCAUUUUACUCCUGUUUCAUUAUUCCUCUUCACAAAAUCUUUUCAAAACUCAAGUGUGAGGAAAGAACCAAAAAAAAAAAAAAAAAAAAAAAUGUGCCUUUAUUUCCCAGUUUUGUGCCUCAAAAGAAGACCUCGAGGGCGAGGUCCAGCUCAAGUGUGAGGAGGUUGCGUUUUACACUCAAAAGCUAAAACCUUAUUUUAGAACAAUCUUUUUACUAUUUUUGACAUGAAACAUUAAUUUCUCAAUUUGUUAUCAAUCUCAUAAUUAGCUUAGAUAAUCACCCUUAUUAUAAGAAUUUACUUUUAUUAUUAUUUAGAAAACUUGAAUUUGUUAUGGGUUUUUGGUUGUGAAUGUAAAGGGCUGAAUUUGUUUUAAUUGGACAUUCAUUUUAUUCAUUAAAACAAAAAUGUUAGUAUUAAUAAAACUCCAAAACUCAUUGUUAUAGGACAAUUCCAUCUCCGAAAAGGGGCUCUGUUUCAUUCGUUAAUCACAGUCUGUGAGAAUGAAAUAUGCAUUUACCAUGGGAUAACACCGCCAACAAGAGUGAAAAAGAGCAAAAAAAAAAAAAAUAAAAAAAAAAAAAAAAAAAAAUGGUGAACAAGAUGAAUGUCCCAAUUAGAAUAAUGAAAACCUUGGGAUAAGGAAUUGAUUGGUGGUUUAACAUAAUAAAUAGUUUUUCUUAAGUAAUACUAAUUUUAAACUCUUGUAUUUUGGGGUGAUUUUUCUAAAAUGUUUAAAGAUUGAGAAUAAAAAGAAGAGGUUUUUGUUUCUACUUCUUUAAAAUAGCAAUUAGAUUGUAAUACAGUUAGACUUUACCUUUUGAGUGUGUUUACAACUAAUUCGUCGCUUGAGGACAAGCAACGCUUAAGUGUGAGGAGAUUGAUAAGUCCAUUUUUGUACUUAUUUUUCUUAUCAAAUUUAAGCGAUUUUUGAAUAAAAAUAGAAAGAAAAGGCAUGUUUUAGAUAUUUUGGUUCGAGUUUCAUGAAAUCAGGUAAAAAUCACAUCCAUAAUAUGUUUAGCGGGAUUUCGGGUCAAUUGAGCACAAAAUGAGCCAAUUUGGACAACAAAUGAUAUCAUACCAAAAGAAGGAAACAUUAUUUCAAAGUGGUCCAGAAGACAAUAUUGAAGAGCACAAAACAAGGAACAAGCCGGACAAAGAAUCUCAUAGGCGCCCAAACAGACGGCCAAAACGAAGGCCUUCGCGGCCGCCUACGGUAUUUUUGGAAAGUCAAACUUUGACUUUGACCGGAUUCGGAAAAGACCGUAGGCCGCCGACACUGGACGGAAGGCGGCCGCCUACGGUGACCGCCUGCGGCAGAAGACGACGAAGCAACCACCGGCCGGUGGGAUUUGACGGCAGGCGGCCAGACAGGAACGGCAGGCGGCCGCCUGCUGGACCGCCUGCGGCGGCCGGGAUCCGCCGGGAUCCGCCGGGAUCCGAUUUGACAGUGAAAAGACGGCAGGCGGCCGAUGGGUGACGGAAGGCGGCCGCCCUCUGUGGCCGCCUACGGCUGACGGAGACCAGGCCACGUGUCGUUGCCGGCGAACUGACGGCAGGCGGCCAGUUGCUGCCGGAAGGCGGCCGCCUGCCCGGGCGCCUUCGGGGAAAUUUUUCCUAUAAAUUGCCCGAUUUUUCCUCAACUCAAACACACCUCUUCCAACCCUAAAUCAGUUCAAAACACCUUCUUUCUUCCUCCAUUUUCGAGCUCCAAAGGUCUUAGAGAGAGAGAAACUUCAAAUCUUCAUAUCUUCUUCAUUUUAGCUCCAAAUUGUAUGCCUACGGCUUCCUGGUAAACCUUUGUCUUGGAACCUAACAGCAACUUUGUAUACACCGUCUCAAUAUGUGUUAGAAAAAGAAGAAAAGGAAGCGGGGCAGCAGGGGAUGCUAGAGUUUUUAGAAAGGCCCUCUCUUGGAUUGCUAAUCUAUUAGGGUUGGGGUCACAGAAAGAAACCCCACCUGACGUCAACAUAUCUACCAUGCCAAGAGAAGAACUUAUUAAGAAUGUGGUUUUUAUUGGAAGUUAUGUACAUUUGGUACUGCUGUGGUCAACACACUCACUCGAGUCAACAUUUAUGCUGCAAGCUUUCUUACACCAGUUGGAGGGCUGGAGGAUACUUUCUGUUCAAGCUAUAUUCAAGGAGGAAGUGAAGUGAUCAACAUGUUUGUAUUGCAACUGCUGAAACUACUCUAAACAUUGGCGCUGUUAUUGUAGCACUUGGACAAUUCAUCCUUUAUCCCACAUUCCAGUGGCAGCUUCUAUUUCGACAGCUUAUUAUAGCACUAGAUAUCAUCUUCAUAGAAUAGAAUAAGGCAUUAAACAUUUUCGCAGCAGCAAUCCUUGGUUUAAACUGAUAGCUACACGGAUUUACCACUACUUAUGACUUCCUAUUCUUG